GAAAUUGGAAAGAAUCGAACAGAGGGCGAACACAAUUUUCUGGAACAUACAACAUCAUCCUUUUACUUCCUAUAAAUACUGCAUCAGUUCUUCUGCGUAUCAUCAAACCAAAGAAGAACAACCUGUUUACCAUUUCACCAAAUCUCCCAACUCUCGAAUCUUUGCGAGUAAUAGAAACUCAAGAUGUCACUAAUUCCAAGUUUGUUCGGUAGGCGAAGGAGCAACGUCUUCGAUCCUUUCUCUCUGGAUGUAUGGGAUCCCUUCAAGGAUUUUCCUUUCCCCAAUUCUCUUUCUUCUUCCCUCCCUGACUCUGUGACCCAAAAUUCUGCCUUUGUGAGCACACGUGUGGAUUGGAAGGAGACUCCAGAGGCACACGUGUUCAAGGCCGACAUUCCAGGUCUGAAGAAGGAGGAAGUGAAGGUGGAGAUCCAAGAUGAUAAUGUUCUUCAGAUUAGCGGAGAGAGGAAUGUUGAGAACGAAGAUAAGAAUGACACGUGGCAUCGCGUGGAGCGUAGCAGUGGGAAGUUCUUGAGGAGGUUCAGAUUGCCGGAGAAUGCAAAAGUGGAUAAAGUGAAGGCUUCUAUGGAGAAUGGUGUUCUCACUGUCACUGUUCCAAAGGAAGAGGUUAAGAAACCUGAAGUGAAGGCCAUUGAAAUUUCUGGUUAAGCUUAAUGAGAUGAAAAUCCAGUGUUAUGAUUUGUGUGUUUUGAGUUGUAAGGAUUCUGUGUGUGAUUGAUGCUGUUAUAAAGAUGCUGUAAAAUACAUGUAAUGAUUGCUGAGAAAUAAAAUUUCAUUUUCAUAA